AUAAGUAAUCUCAAAAAGGAACAGGUGGGGUUGAGACAUCUGCACUGAACGCAGAUCAUUUAAAACCUCUGCAGUCUGCGAGAGAACUGACGUCUGUCAACUUGAACGUGACGCAGACCAGGUUUUUUCCGAUGGUUUAGGAAACAGAUUAUUUUAUUUUUCUCAAUGCAGGUCCACAUGGCAGGAAGUCCGGUACCAUGCAGUACAGACAGGCUGUUUAAAGUUCUGGUCAUCGGGGAUGUGGGCGUCGGGAAGAGCAGCAUUAUCCUGCGUUAUGUUAAUAAACGCUUUAAUGAAACAUACAAAGCAUCUAUUGGAGUUGACUUUGCUUUGAAGACUAUUGAAUGGGAUUCCAAGACUGUGGUGAGACUGCAGUUUUGGGAUAUUGGAGGCCAGGAGAGGUUUAGGAAGAUGUCCCGAGCGUACUACAAAGGGGCCAAGGGGGCAGUAGUGGUCUUUGACGUUACAAAGAGCUGCACCCUGGAGGCUGCCUCGGUGUGGAAGCGGGACCUGGACAGCAAAGUCUGUCACGACAGCGGGCGGCCGGUCCCCGCCGUCCUGCUGGCCAACAAAUGUGACAUGACAGGAGGGGAAAGAGACUUGGUGUCCUCUGUGGACGGCUUCUGCAAGGACAACUGCUUCACGGGCUGGUUUGAGAGCUCUGCAAAGGACAACAUAAAUAUUGACGAGGCAGCGGCCUUCCUUGUCAAACAAAUGAUGCUGUGCAACGCCGGCCCGUUCAAUGAAGAGCCCCGCUGGGACGGGGUCAAAGUGAGCCGGGCCGCCGGGGAGAGUCAGGGCCCGCCGUCGUGCUGCGACUGGACGCCCCGGCGGUGAGCCGACAACGGCAGCAACUGGAUCAAACGCCCCGCCAGGACCUGCUUUUAAAUACCACGUCGUGAAUCCAGAGGCGCCGCGUGGAAGCUACUUCAGGACACAGUGAUUUGUGCAGUGGGUGGGCUCCCUCCGACACACCGGGCCUACUGGGCUCAUUUCUCUGAUAAUCCACCGAUGAAGUCUGGAUAAUAAAGAGAUCAAUGUCUGCGACACUCAUCGAGCAACCGAGACUGACGAUUGACUUAUUUUAACUGGGAAACAGUCACAACUGUCAUUUUACAAUACGACAAACGAGAGAGAGAGAGAGAGAGAGAGAGAGAGAGAGAGUGUGUUCAAAGCUGUUUCACGUUCCCUCGUUAAACGUCCACUUGUCAAUCUCAGCUCCGCGUGUUACCUGCCUCUUAAUCGCUUCACAGUGAGAUGAGCUGAGACCCGAGCAAAAGCAUCGCAGCCCUCGACAGAGGAAAGCUGUCAGCAUGACCCGAUUUAGGUGGAUGCAGGAAGUGAGCUGCAUUCCGCCCAGAGAGCAGAGCGCUUAUAUCGUAGAUCCACAACAACUUGAUACUUUUCUUCUAUAAUAGGAAGCUAACCAUGACGUUAUCACGUUUUCAGAUGAUGUGUUUGUAAGUUAUAGAUUUGUUCAUGUGUUAAUUGAGUCACUAUACUAUUUUAAAUUUUACAUUUAAAACAUCUUGAUUUACGAGUUUGGGGGGCAAACAAGUUGAAGAAUAGUUUUAAACCAUAUUAUUGGGCAGUAACAUAAAUGAUCUGUCAAGUAGUAAUAAGAAUCAGGUGGGAUGUUACAAUGAAUGGUCCCCACUACAAUGAAGAUUGAUUUCAAUGUAAAAUUUGAGGGAUGAAUAGUAGAUCCCCUACUGUUCUCUCUAAAAGUGAUGUACAUCUUAUUUAAUGUGUCUUUAAUGUGUCACCUUUGUGUUUUAAACAUUUGUGAUUUGAAUAAUAUAAAUGUGUCUUAAACAGUACAGAAAAGUAACCUAAAUGUGGGCCUUAUAAUGCAAUGCGGUUUAUAUUCAGUUUUUAUUUCACAGUAAGUAAGUACGAUUGCCUCCUGUUCCUCUUUCAGUCUCCAUUUCUUGUCCACUAUUCCUUAAUCCGUGAGGCUUUACUUGACAGGCGUUUCAUUUAUUGCUUGUCUCAGUGAAGUUAGUAAACACGUGACGGCUUGAUGAGGGCAACAGUGAACUUAACCAGCAGGCAGCUGGUUGUGCAACCACACCAAGGCAACUGGUCGAGUGAUGUUUGCCUGGAGAUGAAUGACAUUGAACUAAAGGUAAUCCGUAAAACUACUUGGAUACUUGGAUCUGACUUGGAUACCGGUCGGGUUUCCUCAAGUGAAAAUAUCAGAACAUUUUGCAGUCACCGCAUCACCAUCCACAUCACGUCAUCCUGACGCCGCCCGCUCUCUCUCACACACGGACACAUGACGAACACAGUAACACAUCAGUGGUUUUUCAGUGGUACAAUGUCUCUGUUCACAUGCAUUUGGGUAGAGAGCGUGAUAUUUUGCACAGUACAGUGACCUAAGCCUGAAGAAUGGAGUUCUUUGUCAAUUUGUUUCCCGUCAGUUGAUUCGUCUUUAAUUCGGUUUCUUAGUCAGCAGACUUGUUGUACCUCAAUGAACGGAUUGAUUAAAAGGGAAUUGAUUUCCUCUUUGUGA